AUGUAUUCGCCACGUCGUGGUGAAGCCGAGUCGGCAGCUUCAGCGGUUACGGACUCCGUCUUCGAGCCACCCUCCGGCUUCAUGUUCGAUGAUGAGACUGCGCUCGACGCCGAGGAGAUUAGCAACAUGCAGCGCAACAUUGCCUCGCUCAAUGUCAUGAAUCACAAUGACUCCGGGUUCCCGACAAUGGGUGCCAUGCAGUAAGCACUCGCUCCUGCCACCAAAGAGAUGGCACAUGCUGACACCACUCCCAGCGGUAACGGUAUGAGCGAACAGUUUUCGCCAGGUUUUGUGAAUCCUUUCCUCUUUGACCAGGUCGACGUUUCGCCUGAUUCGCCCUCAUGGCACGCUGGUUCAUCGACCAUGGACAUGCGGCCGCAGUCGAUGCAAGAGGACAUCGUCAACAGCCGCGGCGCCAGCGUGGCCCAUCACUAUGGGCAGGUCACUCCACCAGACGAUUCCACCCCUAAAGCCUUCUCUUCUAUGCCCACACAGCACCAACCCACACCUCCCGCACAGUCGAUACCGAACGCGAAGUCGGAACGUGCUCGCAACGCAGCCAACCAGAGGCACGCAAAGGCAAAGAAGGCGAGGAAGGACAGCGGUCGCAGUGCUGGCACUCCCGACGAUGAGGGCGAUGAGGUCGAGGACAAGCGUGAGAGAUAUCGUGAGAAGAAUCGGGUAGCGGCCGCAAAGUGUCGCGCGAAGAAGAAGGUAAAUACAGACGACCUAGAGCAGUCAGCUAGAGAGGUGACGGCGAAGAAUACGAGACUGAAGGCUGAAGAGAGAGAGCUUCGGGACUUAUUCUCGAGCCUGCGCGAUCAAGCGCUCGCGCAUGACCCAACGCAGGGCUGCACCUGCCAGACGAUACACCAGUACAAUAGACACAAAGCCCAGGAGACAGCACGGGGCGUGAUGACCGGCUUCGGCGUCCAAUCGCCAUCACAGCAGAGUGCAGAUUCUGGAUCGCCGAGCACGAUCGCAUCCUCAAGAACACAUUCCUUCUCCGGUGGUCGGUCGCAGUCCAUCAAGCAUCCAGCACGGGCCCAGUCAAUGGUUAGUGCCAUGGGCUUUGCACCACCAGGAACAACGACAGGCGACAUGAUGAGGCAGGGUUUGGCGACGGCGAGCGACGGCGAUGGCUUUUCUGAGUAUUUGCAUAGGUCUUCUGAUGUCCAGCAAGGCGGCUUUAUUUGA